AUGACGUCUCUGGCUACUGCUGAUUCGUCGUUCCUCCACCGCAGUGAGGAACGACCUCGCUCAACAGGUGGCUGUUGCCGAGGUCCCUCUGCCCCGGCGCCAGCCUCGUCCUCUAUAUCAAUACAAUUCUCGCGGUCAUCUACCUUGUGUCUUGGUGUAGAUGGCUGGCCAGAAUUACGCACUAUAACCUUGGAUCCAUACACGAGUAUAACAGGACCCAUACACAAGUAUAACAAGGUCAUCCACCAGCAGGGACAGUACCAUCACAAGGUCAUCCACCAGCAGGGACAGUACCAUCACAAGGUCAGCCACCAGCAGGGACAGUACCAUCACAAGGUCAUCCACCAGCAGGGACAGUACCAUCACAAGGUCAGCCACCAGCAGGGACAGUACCAUCACAAGGUCAUCAACCAGCAGGGACAGUACCAUCACAAGGUCAGCCACCAGCAGGGACAGUACCAUCACAAGGUCAGCCACCAGCAGGGACAGUACCAUCACAAGGUCAUCCACCAGCAGGGACAGUACCAUCACAAGGUCAGCCACCAGCAGGGACAGUACCAUCACAAGGUCAUCCACCAGCAGGGACAGUACCGUGACAAGGUCAUCCACCAGCAGAGACAGUACCGAGACAAGGUCAUCCGCCAGCAGAGACAGUACCGAGACAAGGUCAUCCACCAGCAGGGGCAGUACCGUGACAAGGUCAUCCACCAGCAGGGACAGUACCGUGACAAGGUCAGCCACCAGCAGGGACAGUACCGUGACAAGGUCAUCCACCAGCAGGGGCAGUACCGUGACAAGGUCAGCCACCAGCAGGGACAGUACCGUGACAAGGUCAUCCACCAGCAGGGACAGUACCGUGACAAGGUCAUCCACCAGCAGGGACAGUACCGUGACAAGAUCAUCCACCAGCAGGGACAGUACCAUCACAAGGUCAUCCACCAGCAGGGGCAGUACCGAGACAAGAUCAUCCACCAGCAGGGACAGUACCGUGACAAGGUCAUCCACCAGCAGGGGCAGUACCGAGACAAGGUCAUCCACCAGCAGAGAGAGUACCGAGACAAGGUCAUCCACCAGCAGAGAGAGUACCGUGACAAGGUCAUCCACCAGCAGGGACAGUACCGUGACAAGGUCAUCCACCAGCAGGGACAGUACCAUCACAAGGUCAUCCACCAGCAGAGACAGUACCAUCACAAGGUCAGCCACCAGCAGGGACAGUACCGUGACAAGGUCAUCCACCAGCAGGGACAGUACCAUCACAAGGUCAUCCACCAGCAGGUACAGUACCAUCACAAGGUCAGCCACCAGCAGGGACAGUACCGUGACAAGAUCAUCCACCAGCAGGGACAGUACCGUGACAAGGUCAUCCACCAGCAGGGACAGUACCAUCACAAGGUCAUCCACCAGCAGAGACAGUACCAUCACAAGGUCAGCCACCAGCAGGGACAGUACCAUCACAAGGUCAGCCACCAGCAGGGACAGUACCGUGACAAGAUCAUCCACCAGGAGGGACAGUACCGUGACAAGGUCAUCCACCAGCAGGGACAGUACCAUCACAAGGUCAUCCACCAGCAGGAACAGUACCAUCACAAGGUCAUCCACCAGCAGAGACAGUACCGUGACAAGGUCAUCCACCAGCAGGGACAGUACCAUCACAAGGUCAUCCACCAGCAGAGACAGUACCGUGACAAGGUCAUCCACCAGCAGGGACAGUACCAUCACAAGGUCAGCCACCAGCAGGGACAGUACCGUGACAAGAUCAUCCACCAGCAGGGACAGUACCGUGACAAGGUCAUCCACCAGCAGGGACAGUACCAUCACAAGGUCAUCCACCAGCAGGGACAGUACCAUCACAAGGUCAGCCACCAGCAGGGACAGUACCGUGACAAGAUCAUCCACCAGCAGGGACAGUACCGUGACAAGGUCAUCCACCAGCAGGGACAGUACCGUGACAAGGUCAUCCACCAGCAGAGACAGUACCGUGACAAGAUCAUCCACCAGCAAGGACAGUACCGUGACAAGGUCAGCCACCAGCAGGGACAGUACCGUGACAAGGGACAGUACCAUCACAAGGUCAUCCACCAGCAGAGACAGUACCGUGACAAGGUCAUCCACCAGCAGCGACAGUACCAUCACAAGGUCAUCCACCAGCAGGGACAGUACCAUCACAAGGUCAUCCACCAGCAGAGACAGUACCGUGACAAGGUCAUCCACCAGCAGGGACAGUACCAUCACAAGGUCAUCCACCAGCAGAGACAGUACCGUGACAAGGUCAUCCACCAGCAGAGACAGUACCGUGACAAGGUCAUCCACCAGCAGGGACAGUACCGUGACAAGGUCAUCCACCAGCAGAGACAGUACCGUGACAAGGUCAUCCACCACCAACAGGGUGGAUGA